AGAUUUAGAAGAUCAUGUUUAGAAGAAGGCUGGACAUACUCUGACAAAGAGAGAAAAAAUGGGGAGAGGGAAAGUAGAGCUGAAGAGGAUUGAGAAUCCGACAAAUAGGCAGGUCACAUUCUCAAAGAGGAGAAAUGGUCUGUUGAAGAAAGCUUUCGAACUUUCUGUGCUUUGCGAUGCUGAGGUUGCUCUCAUCAUCUUCUCUCCUUCUGGAAAGGCUUACCAGUUUUCCAGUCAUGAGAUUAAAAGGACGAUUACAAGGUACAAGAUUGAAUUAGGAAUAGCUAAAACAGAUGAACAAGGCAUCACAUCCAUGGAGGUGUGGAGAAAUGAAAUUGAGGAAUUGAGUAGAACAAUUGAGGCUCUAGAAGCAAGAGAGAAACAUUUUGCUGGAGAAAAUCUCUCUGGAUUAGGCAUGAAAGAAUUGAAGCAAUUAGAGCGCCAAUUAAGAGUUGGGGUCGAACGUAUUCGCUCUAAGAAGAGAAGAAUCAUAAUGGAACACAUAAACUAUCUGAAGAAAAAGCAUAAAGAUCUUCAAGAAGAAAACAGCAAUCUCCAAAAGAAGGUUAAGCUUCACGAGCUUCAAGAAGCCAGCACAAGCUCAAUCAUUUUGGCAUCAGAUCCCACCAGAGCAAUCCAAUUUGGAGGACUGAAUAAUAGCAAUGUCGUCACCAAGAAUAUCUCAACUGUUUAAGCUUUGUUCUACUUAUUUUGGGAAGAAAUGCUGAUGCAUGGAAGCGAUGGGCCACUUAUCUUGUAAAUCUACUAUUUAUAUCAUUUAUCCAGCUUUAUUAAAUCAUUUAUUUUCCUAUUUUAGAAGAACCAGUCUAUUCAGCAGCUUUUGUAAUUAAUAAUUCUAUGGGAAGUCGAAAUGUAUUGUUUUUAGUCGUCUGGACUCAGAAGUGUAGAAUUCAAGAGUGUUAUCAUCAAUUUGUGGAUCUCGACUCGAUCUUGUAUAUCCAACGAUAUAUUAUGAUUUUGCUGAUUAAUUGUU